AUGGAAUCAAUUAAAUGUGUCGUAGUAGGCGACGGUGCUGUGGGUAAGACUGCACUUUUAAUUGCCUACUCUUCAGGAUGUUUCCCAGAGGACUACGUUCCAACCGUCUUUGAUAACUACAACAAGAACAUUCCAUAUGGAGAUGGUAUUGUCAGUAUUGCUUUAUACGAUACUGCAGGUCAAGAAGAUUACGAUCGUUUGAGACCUCUCUCAUAUCCAGAUACCGAUGUCUUUCUUGUAUGCUUUUCAUUAGAAAAUCCAAACUCACUUGAGAAUUGUCAUUCCAAAUGGGCAGAGGAAUUAAAACACUACAAUCCAGAUACUCCUAUCGUAUUAGUUGGUACUAAAUUGGAUUUAAAGAAAGAUGAAGAAUAUGUCAAGAAAUUAAAGGAAAAGAAAAUUUCUCCAGUCACUACGGAACAAGGUCAAGAAAUGAAAGAUAAAAUCAAAGCAUGUGGUUAUAUUGAAUGUAGUGCAAAGACUAUGGAGAAUUUAACUGAGGCUUUCAAUAUGGCCAUUGAUAUUGCAAUGAAACAAAAAUUGAAAGAUGCUCCACCAACUCCAAACGCUCGUUCCCAAAAGAAGAAGUGCCAAUUGUUGUAA